GCGUGAUAGCGAGAGAUUUACUGACCCAGAUAGACAUGAAAACAGGUCCUGCUGUAGGGGGUCUCCAAUAGAGCUCUAAUAAUCUGACUGACACCGAGCAGGACUGGUUUGUGGCAGAAAUCCCUGUAUUGACCGAGUGCUGUGGUGCCAUGCGGCUGUUUCUUGAGGAGGUGUUUGCGUGGACCACUCUUCAUUUCCCUCGCUGCAGCGCUGGGGCUUCUGUACUGUGUUUGGGGAAAGAUUGUUGCACUUAGUUGUAAGAUGUCCAAUGUGGAGCUGAGGAUGCACCGCUGGAAAUGGCCGACUCAUUUUACCUCGCUUUACCUGACCUGUCUGUAUUUACUCUGCUCAGUUUCUGGGGUCUCAGGCAGCAUCUGCUCAGUAACUGGCGGUGUUUUGGGGAUCCACUGGAGCAGCGUCAUCGGUCUGGGCUGGCAGCCGCUGGCGGUGGACCAGGGAGGGCCUCGCUGCUGGGAGUCCUGCUGUUUAGAGCCUUCCUGCGGGGCUGUGUGGAGCCUCGGUGGACGCUGUGUGCUGCUGGCCUGCUCUCAGAGAGAAAGCUGCAGCAUCUCAUCUCUUCCGCAGCCACAUGUAGAGUCUCUGGGGCUACUGCAGCUCCUCAACAAGAGCAAGAGGAGGAAAACCCGCAGCGCUCAGGACAUCAGAGCAAUCAGGGACACAGAGCAGGACAUGUCUGCUAACCCCUCAGAGCCACUGACCACAUCUAACGCUGCGGUGAGCUCCAGCUCCAGUGGAGAGCAGACAGCUGAGCACAACACAACACUGGAUUCAGACGCUGCAGAUCAUUCAGCGCUGAACAACAGUAAUCAGUCACCACAGUCCACGUUGGCUCCAGCCACAACACCCGCUGUAACAGUGCGAGAGCUGGUCGUCUCUGCUGGCAAAAAUGUGGAGGUCACCCUACCACGCAAUGAAGUGGAGCUCAAUGCUUUUGUAGUGCCAGCGCCACCUACAGGGACUAACUAUGACUUCGACUGGCGUUUGAUAACACAUCCAAAAGAUUACAGUGGAGAAAUGGAGGGUAAACACAGCAAGACACUUAAGCUGAGUAAGCUGACGGUGGGUCUGUAUGAGUUUGAGGUGGUGGUAGACGGAGACGGUGCUCACGGGGAGGGAUACGUCAAUGUCACUGUCAAACCAGAGCCACGAGUGAAUAAGCCACCUGUCGCAGUGGUUUCUCCAAAGUAUCAGGAAAUCUCCUUACCGACCAGUUCCACUGUGAUUGAUGGCAGUCAGAGCACUGAUGAUGAUAAAGUGGUGCUGUGGCACUGGGAGGAGGUGAAGGGGCCGCUCCGAGAGGAAAAGGCUUCGGGAGACACUGAUAUUCUCACCCUCACCAACCUGGUGCCCGGAAACUACACCUUCAGACUCACGGUGACUGAUUCAGACGGGGCUCAGAAUUCAACCCAAGCCAUGCUGUUAGUCAACAAGGCCACAGACUACAGGCCUACUGCUAAUGCUGGACCCAACCAAGUGAUCACACUCCCACGCAACUACAUCACACUUUAUGGCAACCAGAGCACUGAUGACCAUGACAAUCUGUCCUACGAAUGGUCGCUCAGCCCGGAGAGCAAGGGGAAGGUGGUGGAGAUGCAGGGAGUGAGGACACCGACUCUGCAGCUCUCAGCCAUGCAGGAGGGAGAUUACACCUUUGAGCUGACUGUUACCGACUCAUCUGGACAACAGGACACUGCUCAGGUCACCGUCAUUGUCCAGCCAGAAAAUAAUCAGCCUCCUGUAGCAGACGCUGGUCCAGACAAGGAGCUGACACUGCCAGUCGAUCACACCACACUGGAUGGCGGCAAGAGCAGCGAUGACCAGAAAAUAGCCACGUACCACUGGAAAAAGACCAAGGGUCCAGAAGGGGUGAAGCUUGAUAAUGCAGAAACUGUGGUCGCCACCGUCACUGGCCUGCAGGAGGGCGAGUACAUAUUCAUGCUGACCGUGACGGAUGAAAGAAAUCUGGAGAGUUCUGACACCGUCUCUGUCAUCGUCCGAGAAGAGAAUGAUCUGCCACCGGUUGCAAAAGUGGUGUCUAGUCCUCCGAUCACUUUGCCGGUCCGUACAGCCGUUCUGGAUGGUUCUCGAUCAUCAGAUGAUAAAGGCAGCAUCAGUUAUCUGUGGAUCCGUGAGGAGAACAGUCCGGCUGCAGGGGAUGUCCUGAAUCACUCUGACCACCAGGCUGUGCUUUUUCUUGGUAAUCUGGUGGAAGGGAAGUACAGUUUCACUCUGACCGUCACUGACAGUAAAGGAAAGACUAGCUCUGACGGUGGCGUUGUAGACGUUCGGCCAGAUGUCUACGAGCGGGAUUUGGUGGAGCUGAUCCUGGAAGUGGCCGUGGCUCAGGUGUCCCGCAGACAGAAGGAUAUGUACAUCAGGCAGGUCGGCGUCCUGCUGGGCGUCCUGGACAGUGACAUCACCAUUCGAGAGAUUAGCGCCUUUAAUGAGCACAGCACUCGUUUGGUAUUCCUGGUAUCAGGAGGUCCAGGAAGGCCUCCAUUAACUGGGCAUAGUGUCGCUAUGGAACUACGCAACAAAUUUCGCAAGCAAAAAAACGACUUCCUCAUCUUUAAGGUUCGACGGGUGGACACAGUUAUAUGCCAGCUGAACUGCUCUGGUCAUGGAGAAUGCGACUCUUUCACCAGACGCUGCGUUUGCCACCCAUUCUGGAUGGAGAAUUUGUUUAGUACUUAUUUUGGAGACGCUGAGAGCAACUGCGAAUGGAGUGUAUUAUAUGUAACGAUAGCAUCGUUCAUGAUCGUGGUUGCCACAGCCACUGUAAUAUGGGGCUUUGUGUGCUGUUGUCAAAGGCGAAAAAGCAAAGUGAGACGAAAAAGCCGUUAUAAAAUGCUGAACGAGGAUGAUCAAGAGACUAUGGAGUUAAAGUUACCUAGGCCUGGUCGACUGAAGUCUGUUCCAGCUCCCACGUCUUCUGCGCUCAUGCACUCGGACUCUGAUCUGGAAAGUGACGACGGUCAAGCAGGAAUCCCCUGGUCAGAUCGAGAACGCGGGAAACUCCUUCCACCCCAAAACGGAUGUCUGCGUAACGGCCAGGGUCCGCAUAAACCUAAAAAACCACGAGAGGAGCUGCUUUAGCGCAGCUCCCGUACUGCACCAACACACUGUAUUCACCCCUCAUCCGGCACGUGGAGGAACUGCAGGACUUCAGGAAUGGAUUGAAGCGCAGCCCUGAGCCAACAUGAAAAGGCAUUAAACCCGACAGGUCAGAUCUGUAAAAGCCUUGCAACUCGAUAGACAAUGAGAAUGUACCUGCUGUAAUGCAGAGAUAGUGUCCGGUGAGUGAAUAUCUGAGAAACGUGUCAAAAACUGAGCCUCCUCACUGUCAUCUUCCUAUGAAGCUUCCUGCGCUGCUAAAAAUGGUUUUCUUGCUUUAGUUUUCGUCUUGUUUCUAGUCCAAAUAUCUAACAGAUCUUAAAUCAAGAAGCAUUUUUUAGACAAGUAAAAACUGUUGUUUACUUUUCAGAAAUAAUGAUUCCAAAUUAAAUGAGUUUAAGCUAAAUUAUCUCCCAAUGAGGGAAGAAAAAUAGCAUUGUUUUUGGUUUACUUGAAGGAGUGUUCAUAAGACUGUUAUCAAACCUUUAUAAUCAUGACAUGACAAGUUGUGGAUGUGAUUUAAUGCAUGCUUAUGGCAACUGCCCUAAAUGUCAUUCAGUUAUGACAUUUUAAAUGCAAAGAUGACAUUGUUUGUUAUUAGUGUUGUCACGAUACUGGAAUUCGGUACCGGUCGGAACUGAAAUUUUAAAAACGUCCAUUUCCCGCUAACAUUUGAGCGCUGUUGAACGCAUUCUUAAACAGCGCCUAUUUGCCAUUGUUUUUGCCAUUUGCCAAACAACUCGCCUCUGUUUACUGAGUGUAAACACAGAUGCAGGGACACUGGAGCAUUUUAAAGCAGCAAUUUAUUAGUGGAUCGCUCGUGUAUCAGCUUAUAGACAAACCAGCUGGUUGACGUGACUUUGAAAUGCUCCAGUGUCCCUGUAUCUGUGUUUACACUCAGUAAACUGCGGUGAGCUCAGUGAACUGAACACAGCCAAUCACAGUCAUUUCUGUUAAACACGUGAACACAACGGCAAAUCAGCGCUGUUUAAGAACGCGCUCAAAUGUUAGCUGGAAAUGAGCAUUUUUAAAAUUUCAGUACCGAUUGGUAAAUAAUUCUAUCACAACUCUAUUUGUUAUGUCAACUUGACAAACAAAUACAUCACAUCCUGUUUUUGACUUUGUCAUGACUACUUGACAUUUCCAAGAUAACAAAACUUCCCAUAAAUCUGUCAUGAAGCCAUAAUAAAUGUGUCACGAAUUUUAUAACAGCGUCACUAAUAUAUAUUUUUGACCUCAAUUACAGUGAUACAAGCUGAAUUUAUCAUUAAAAUGUCAUUAAAUAUUAAUGACGCUGUUAAAAAGUGUUUGACAAAGUAAUGAGACAUUUCAAUUGUUCGGUACCAAUUGAUACUGAAAUCUUAACAUUUGAGUGCUGUUGAGCAUGUUCUUAAAAAGCGCUGAUUUGCCAUUGACUUCAACAGAAAUGACUGUGAUUGGCCGUGAAGUUCAUCAGUUCACCGAACUCACCGCUGUUUACUGAGUGUAAACACAUAUACGGGAACACUGGAGCAUUUUAAAGCUGCGAUUCAUCAGUGGAUCAUUCGUAUGUCAGCUUAUAGACAAACUAGCUGGUUGACGUCACUUUGAAAUGCUCCAGUGUCCCUGUAUCUGAGUUUAAACUCGUUAAACUGCGGUGAGUUUGGUGAACCGAUAACCUUCACAACCAAUCACAGUCAUUUCUGUUUAACACAAUGCAUGUGAACACAAUGGCCAAUCAGCGCUGUUUAAGAACGAGCUCAACAGCACUCAAAUGUUACCGGGAAGUAGAUGCUUCACAUUUCAGUAUCAUGACAACCCUAUUUGUUAUGACAACUUGACAUUUCAAGUUGAAAUGACUGUAAUCAUCUCAACAGAAAUGGCUGUAAUUGGCCGUGAAGGUCAUCAGUUUACCAAACUCACCCCAGUUUACAGAGUGUAACCACAGACGCAGGGACACUGGAGUAUUUUAAAGAAGCAGUUCAUCAGGGGAUCACUCGUAUGUCAGCUUAUUGACAAACCAGCUGAUUUUUGUGGCUUUGAAAUGCUCCAGUGUCCCUGUAUCUGUGGUUACACUCGGUAAACUGCAGUGAGUUUGGUGAAAUGAUGACCUUCACAGCCAAUCACAGUCGUUUCUAUUGAUCAUGUGGACACAAUGGCAAAUCAGCGCUGUUUAAGAAUGCACUUAACAGCACUCAAAUGUUAGCGGGGAAAUAGACUUUUUAAAUUUCAGUAUUGAGCUCCAGUAUUGUGACAACCCUAUAUGUUAUGACAACUUAACGUAAACAAAUACAUCACAUCCUGUUUUUGACUUUGUCAUGACUACUUGACAUUACCAAGACGGCAAAACUUGUCAUAAAUCUGUCAUCAACAUGACUGUCAUGAAGCCAUUAUAAAUAUCUCAUGAAUUUUAUAACAGCGUCAUUAAUAUAUAUUUUUCACCUCAACUAGAGUGAUACAAGCUGAAUUUGACUUAAUUAAAUAUUAAUGACGCUGUUAAAAGUAUUUGACAAAGUAAUGACACUUUUAAUGAGACAUUUCGAUGACAAAUACAGUGAAAACAUUAUCAGAAAAAUAUUCAUGACACGUAUAUAUU